AUGCGUCUUACAAAGAUGCCAUCGAGCAGGUGGUCCGUGGGCUACCUCGAAAGCACAACGUCAAGAUCACUAGGUGUGAGAACAUCAUGGUACGUUGCAACCUGUUUGAUGCAGACUUGGAUGUUCCAGGCGAGAAGUUGGUCACGCGGAAAACCUUUCUCGUCAUGGAGCCGGAGCCCAGCGUUGUGCCCACAGUUGUAUCCACAACUGAUGCGCGAAGCCGAACAAUGCAUCUGA